UAAUUUGAGCCGCCGUUCUGUCACGGCGAGCGCCAAAAAAGCGGCGUUAUUUACAGCAGCGUUCGCCUUGACGCAGGACAGCAAACUUCAACGCGCCGUUGCAAUCGCUCUCGAUCGCCCGAAGGAUAAAGCGUUAACCGCGAAAUCAAUCAGGAAUCGAUGAACGCCACGUUAUUAAAACAGCAAUGGGUAAUUGGCUGUUCGCAGGCCGUCCAAAAAAGCGACAGGACAUGACGAGCCCGGUGGUGAUUCCGGCCACGGCUAGGCACACGGCGACGUUAAUAUUUUUCCAUGGUUUGGGUGACACAGGGCACGGUUGGGCCAACUCCAUGGACGCAGUGCGGUCCUCUCAUAUCAAAGUCAUCUGCCCCACCGCGCCCACGAUGCCAGUGACGUUUAACGCGGGGUUCAGAAUGCCUUCCUGGUUCGAUCUGCGCUCUCUGGACUCGAGUGGCCCAGAGGAUGAAGAGGGUAUACGUACGGCCGCUCAGACGGUCCACUCGUUAAUAGCGGAGGAAGUUGCGGCCGGGAUACCCACCACGCGUAUCGUCCUCGGAGGAUUCAGUCAGGGUGGCGCACUAGCCAUGUACGGUGCCCUUACAUUCCCGGAGCCUUUAGCCGGCAUCAUAGCUCUAUCCGCGUGGCUGCCCUUGCAUCAAAAGUUCCCGGCGGAAGCAAUAGGUAAUAGAAACACUCCACUGCUGCAAUGCCACGGCGAUUGCGAUCCAAUUGUGCCAUAUAGAUGGGGUCAGAUGACGGCGUCUCUUUUAAAACAAUUCAUGACACAGACAGAAUUCAAAACGUUUCGAGGAAUGAUGCACACAUCUUCCGAGGAGGAAAUGCGCGACAUAAAGAAAUUCAUCGAGAAGGUCUUGAAGCCGUAAUAGAUGAAAUUGGAUAUUGGCAUUGGCAUUUUAUUGGCUACUUGAAGCAUCUAACUGUACAUUACAUUGAGGUUAUUCCAAUUUUGCGAUUAUUUAAUUUUAGUAAAUUAUACGAGCCUUAAAAGCGUUUAAGUAGAAAGUCGCGUUGAAAAUCUUCCAAGGUAUUGAGAUGCACACAGCGCUACUAGGAAAAAUCUAUUUACUAGAGGGAUAUAUUUAUUUACCACCUUGAUAAUUUGUAUCCGUACGUUCGAACACUUGUCGAGAUUUUCAUGUACCAAAGCGUUCGUAUAGCAAUACUACAAAUUAAUCCAUGCGGUCCUCAAUCCUUAUAGUAAGCAUCUAUAAAUUGGCAUUCCUCGGCUUUUUUUCUUAUAUUUAUGAUGUCCGUUAUGAUGUUUACGGUAUAUGCGUACACUAGAUAUACAUAUAUUUAUAAUAUGUAUAUAAGUGCGUAUGUAUCGAAUAAAAUACAUUGUAUUUAUUUGGAAGGCCACCGGCGUGGCGAUUAUUUAGAGGCAGUGCGAAGGUGGUUGAUGUUUAUUCAUUUUUGCGGUUUAAAUCUGCGACAAUAGUACAUUUACAAGUAAAUUUAUGUCAGAUUUAAGAUAACGCUAAGUUAUGCUAGAGAAAGAGCUUACUGCGUCGGCUCUUAACGAAAACACUUCCAAUUCUUUCGCGCCUACAUUGCGUUUCGGAUAAUACUUGUUUUGAAUACAAAUGAGACACGUCCACGAUGCACUUAAUUCGCGCAUUCGAAGCAGCUGCGAGAGCCUUUUACAUUCAAAUUUCUAUUUCACGUGACUUAGGCCCGCGACGUAACAUGAAAUGUUGCUGUUGAAUCACUUUUGUAGCGAGUAUUGUCUAGAAGACAGUGACACGGCCAUGUAAUCUGUGAUUACGCAUUGUAUUGUCGAGACCCACCAGUCCAUCAUUUAUUAUUGGUAUAACAUGGAUCAGGGUUUCCUAAACUAUUUCCUAAACAGCGCGAUCCUUGGUGCGAACUCUUCAGGAAAAUGUCUAUUCUUGAUACAGUCGUGCGAAUUACAAACGUUUGCAUCAUUGUAUGAAGCAGUAUACUCCUUUAAUACUUUGAUUAUCAGUUACACGAUAUAGAAAAGAAAUCUUCAAAAAGUAAAACGUCAGUCCUUGUCUACUUCAAGUUUGGGAAAUUCUGUGAUAUUAUAUGCCAUAAAGGUAGCAUAGACACAGUAUUAAUACAUUGUAAAAUUAUAUUAAAAUGUAUAUAAAGUUAUAUGAUACUCAGCUAACUUUAUUAUUAUUGAGCAUUAACACGCUAUCCGGUAGGCAAAUAAUAACAAAGAACAAUAAGCUCCGAGUAUUUUUCAUGAGUUUUCUUUUUACUACACUUUAUAGCUAGCCACGAGGUAGGAUAUUAGCUCAUAAGUUGUGUAACAACUUUUACCAGCAUAAAUAAAGCAUGUCAACA